AUGCAUGGUCGUAUCUGGCUGCUCCGUUUCUUGUGCCAUGGCCACGGGGCAAAGAUGCCCAACCUAAAUGAAGCUCUCCAGACCGAGAACUGUUCAAUUUUGUCUUCAAAUGAUAAGGAUUACGCUGAGGAUUGUGGUUGGAGUGAAGUCACACAGGCCAUUGAGCGAUCGAAUUUUCAGAUGAAUCCACCAGCAAAUUGCCAAGACCUACAGAUUCUAAUGACCCUGAUUCAGCUGUAUACUACUUGUUUCCAUCCCUCUUCAGAAAAGCGAUAUCAUAAAGCCCAAUUAACCGUAACUUGA